AUGCUUCGUUCCGAAGAGGAGCCAGCGCAAACAACCAUUGAUCUGGGGCCGGCCAAGGAAAUCCAGCAUUCCGAUGGCUUUGCAAAACCUGCACAAGCAAGUCCUGUUCAAAAGAAGAAAAAGCUGCAAUUUCACAUGGCAAGCAAAAUUCAAAUCAUUCCCAAUAAUCGGCAAGGGCAGUUAAAUACCGGCUAUAUUCCUACAAUUCCUGGUGUACUUAAAGUCGCAGAAAUCAUCCUCGCCUUUGUCGGAUUCAUACUUGCCAUCUGUGCGGACAGACGAUCUACAACAGCAGCAUGGACUGAGCAUGUCACUUUUGAAACGAUGAUAGUCGUGUCAGCUUUGCUUUGUGGUUACGUUUGUUUUCCACAUCUCACCAUUCGUGACGAACCGACGCGAGAAGGACUUAUUGUUGUGGAGCUCAUUUUCUACGGGAUAAACACACUCUUUUACUUCAUUUCUAUUUGGUUAAUGGUUCACUUGUCAGCCAGUUGGGGAACAGAUGGACGAGGUGCUGCCAUUAUGACUGCGGUAAUAUGCGUUGCUCUUACUAUUAUUUUUGCGAUCGAAACCUUUCUGAAGCUUAAAGCAUGGAGAGGCGAAAAUGAGCCUGGCAUCAAGGUGGUCACUUCUGGAGAACAACCAUCACAAGGAUAA